CUAUCCAGCAAGAAACAAGCUGACAUCUUCAUUCCUCAGUAUCGCCAACACCAACCGACUACAACUAACUUCAACAGAACGUGUUGAUUUACUGGUAGUAACAUGGAGGUUAAAAGUGAUUAUUUCAUCGGUUAUGCGCAUCAAUUGGAACAUUGGAUAUCUACGGAUUUAUUAAAAUAUAAAAAAAAUGUGUAGCCACCACACAUGGACAGUAGGAAAGAUUAAAAAAUUAUCGAAAGCAAUUAUUGUUUGCUUACGUAUUUACGGACAACAGAGAUGCAUAUGGAGCAUUCACAGUUUCCUACUUGGACAGCCCGUCCCUAGCGAUGCACGAACAUAACCAAAUGUAACCUUGAUCGACAAGCUUAUUCUGGCUGUAUUAUUCAGACGGAAUAGGAUCUUUGUUUGUAUACACCGUCUGCCUUGCAGAGUGAGACUUGGAUAUACAAUCCAUUGUUAUAGAAAGUUUCACACAGGACUAUAAGAACAAAAUGGAAACGUUCGAGGCAUAUGAUGAGUCUAUGGUUACCGCAGCAAAUUAUCAGUGUGACAUUGUUCAAACUGUGAACAAUCAUGCGCCCAAGGAAGAAAUAGAAGUACGGAAUAGAGAGAAUCAUGAUACGUUGACGUUGCAACAGCAACAGACGGAGCAGAUGCAUCAGGUGACACAGAUCGAGUCGAAUAUCCAACAGAAAGCAACUGCGGUUCGAUUGCCUGCUUUAUUGGAUGGAGAGUACUUCCAGGUGAUCAGGGUGGAAGACACUAACGUUACGGUACGUUGUCAGCAGUGUAUGAAAUUGCUCAACGGCAAUCUGAAGUCCACUGGGAAUUUUCUCAGUCAUGUAAAGCGAUUGCAUCCUUCUUUGAUGUCCAAAAUAAGGUGCAAAUCUAGUCAGAGGAAACCCGCUAUAUAUGUCAACUCGACGUUACCUGAUAAAUGCUCCGAAAUAAUGCCGGGAAAGCGUGCAGCGGUACAAAAUAAGAAGCGCUGUAAAACGCAGGAGGAAUGUACGGCCGAAAAGAACGAAUCUUACGAACAACAUACAGAUUGGAACGACACAUCGUUAAUCCGGGGAUCCGACGAGUCGGAAUCAGCAGAUCCAUCUCUAAGAAUAUCACAUAAUAAUUCAUUUAUAAUGGAGGAUGAGUACGAUGCAAUCGGUCGCAACGUUGCUGCCAAACUCAGGAAUAUGAGACUGGACCAAAGAAUAAUAGCUGAGAAAUUGUUGAACGACAUUUUAUUUGAGGCUCAGCUCGGUAAUCUUCACAGAGAUUCGAGUAUUCACGUGUGAGAAUAAAAUGUACAACGACCUGUGUCGAUAUUAUAUAUCUUCUAGUAAAUAUCGUGAAAGAACGAAUCCGAUUUGACGAAAAGCGACGUGAUAAAUACAGUUAUCUGAUUAAUUAUAUAACGCGCAUAUUGGUAUGUGUGUGUGCGUAAAGAUUGCGCGCUUGCGAAUGAAUGGACAAUUUUUGUUAAUAAUAUUAGCGAUUAUAUUGAAAGACGAAUACUUUAUACUUUUGUGAUAUAUCUUGUAAUCUUCUACAUGAUCAUCCCGAGAUCAUUAUAUUUGGAUUUUCAGACGAAAACGAAAAAUCUAAUUAUUCCGAUAAAUUUGUAUCAGAUGGCUGAUCACGAUUAUGCUUUCUUCUUGGAUAGCAAUACAGUCUGGAUGUUCGGCAAAACACCACCUUGAGCAAUUACAUUGGUCAACAGCUUGUUCAAUUCCUCGUCAUUGCGGACGGCGAGUUGCAGGUGACGCAGGAUUCUAGUCUGUUGUUGUCACGAGUAGUCAACUUCAAAAUUUCAGCGGCCAGAUAUCCCAUGACUCCAGGUAAAUCAGUGCACCAGUUCAGCGCAGUUCUUUCCUCAGAUAGAUACGAUUCACGGGGAACUGCAAUCUCGUCCUAUUAAAACGGGACUUCGCCUUUCUCUCGACUUUGCCAAUAAUGAUUUCAGAGCGAUAUACAUACAAGCGUAUAUCCCAGCAAAUGAGAAUGGAUUAAAAUGGAUUGAAAUUUUUUUCUAUUCGAAUGCGUAUUUUAAAUAGCG